GCGCGACUGCGCCCGGACGAGCUGACCUACGCCUGCGAGGGGCAGGACAUGGUUCUCUGCACCUACUCGGGCCGGCGCAGCGCGUGGCAGGGCACGGUGCUGAGGCUCCCCAAGGCCAUCCGCUUGGAGUUGGCGGCGGAGGGAGCGCCUGGGGGCGGCGAUGCUGCAGAGGGCGGCACUGCAGCGCACGCUGGCCCGCCACUGCCUCGACGCGCACGUGGUCGACCAGCCCGAGGUCGUCGCCCUCCCGGCCGCCGACGUGCGCGCCGUCGCCGCGGCCAUCCGCCCGGCGAGGCCCGAGGAGCAGCGCGGGCAAGACCUGGCGACCGUGACCCACGCAGGACGGCGGCCGGCCGGCUGCGGAGCGCCCUGGAGGCGCCGCCGGGGGCCGCGGCGGGGGCGCCCGUGCUGGCGGUGGAGCUGGGCCUCGGCUGCGGGCUGCGGGAGGUGGCCGACCUGCCCUCCCGACACGCCAUGGCGCGCCGGCUGCACUGGGGCGCACGCGCGGACCCCGAGACCGACCCGGUGGCCCUCUUCUCCGGCGACGCGGGGCGGGCGCUGGGCGCCCUGCGGGCGCGCGUGGGCUGUGCGGGCACAGGCGGGGACCUGCGCGUGUUCGUGGACGGGCGCCCGGUGGACGUCCCAGACCUUGCCGGGGGCGAGGGCGCGAUGCGUGUGCCAGGACUCGAGGGGUGCUUUGUCAACUCCUCCGAAGGACUCGCUGAGGCCGUUGCAGGCGUGCUCGCGACGCGCAAGCUGGAGGUCCUCGGCGGCCUGCAGGCCACGCCCCCGCCCCCCGAGGCUCACCGGGGGGGCCCACAGAAGGCCAAAGCGCCCGCGAUGCUCCCAGAGAGUGCGAUCACGAAGACAAUGGUCCAGCUGAUUAUCGAGCCCACAGAGAGGAUCGUCGCCUACAGGCACCAGAUCGAGGAGACGAAGAGGCUCAAGGACGUCACGGGCAAAGAUGAAGACUCCAGUUGCGACAGCGACAGCGACAGUGAGCACGACAACAGAGGCACCCGUGGCAGGAGCACGCUGAAGCCCAGCUCCAGGUUCGCAUGUAUUUACAGCAUGAAGAGAGCCGACUCGCACAACAAGCGCGCGCAGUUCAAGAAGCAUGCAUCGCCGACGAGGUUCGUUUCGCCCACCAGGCUCGUCUGGUCCAUGAAGCGAGAGAAGUUUUCGCAGUGCAGCAGCAAUGCCUCGCUCAUCAAGCGCUGCUCGCCCAGGCACAUCAUCGCGCGCAAGACGCAAGGGAAGCACAGGGGGCAGGCCCAGCUGCUGCAACGCGAGAAGGCAGAGGCUCAGGCCACGAGGUCGAUCAACGAGAUGCUACACGCCCAGCAUCACUACGCCAUCCACGAGCAGCAUCAGCGCGACCAGGCGAUCACCAUGACGCUCGCGCCCGGAGCCAUCUCCAACGCCGAGAAUGCAGCGAGAGAAGCGAACCAGCACGAGACCGCGGAUAACAGCAACCCCGAGACCACAUCUACCACCAUCGAGAUCACCGCGCUCGCACGGCCCUUCGCCAGGGUAAUUCACCGCGGCCUCGACGACGUCGCCACGGUGCCCACGGACUCGCCGGGGCCCUUGCAGCUCGCGAAGAGGGCGGCCUUCACGAGUCACGACCCUGACCUCGCAUGGACCCCCUGCGUCUUCUACGACAUGGCAUACCCCAACUUCGAGCACGGCAGCCUCGCAGCGUCUUGCGCCCCCACGGUCGCCGCCGCCAGCCACCUCCGCGAGCCCGCCGAGGCCAGAAACAUAUUCAACGAUAAGAUCAACAAACGCAAGACCACCAUGGCCAGCCUCUACGACGAGGACCUCCACAUCAUCGGCAUUCAGGAAGCCAAGGCAUGUUCUGUCCUAUAUGGCAUCGGCAGCGGCUGCGACCCCGAUUCCAAGGGCGACCACUACCCCGUCAGGCCGGGGCUCGCAUUCGAGAUCACGUCUUCAACCUCCAUGGGCGUCCCCAAGCUUGACGAGCACAAGCUAGCCGACGACGCCUGCCGCAAGAAGACCAGCGACAAACUACAAGCGCACGCCACAGCGCCCAGUGCCGCUGCAACACUAACCGACCACCUCGACCGCGCAAAGCACUACUACGACACGAUCGUCCAGUUCCUCAACCUAACCAGGCCGAUGUUCAGGACCUGGGUCAGGGAAGACCGCGACGCAUUCCUGGAGAAGACCGCCGACGAAAUGAGCGCCGCCAUCGACAACCACUCACCGGGGCAAGAAGCUCCACAUGCCAAACGACUGCUGGCCUUCCGAGGACGAAAGCCCAACAAUCCGCCCACGCCCUCCAUCCGCAGCACCGCAGACGGAAAGCCACCCACAACCAAGACCAGCAUCGCAAAUGACGCCCUGGCAUACAACGGCAAGGUCGAGAUGAGCAAGACCACCGACGCCGACGUGGUAGCCAAUGACUACAACGACCGCGCCAGCACAACACGACCCGCACCCAAGAUCCAGAACAUCAUGCCCAGACACCAGCUUGCCAGCCAAUUGUCCGCUGCCAAGAGAGGGCGACGAGGAGGGCCCAACCGGGUCACAAACGACAUGUCCAGAGCAGACCCCGAUGGGGUGGCGCGCCUACCACGCCCCAUACUGGUCAAGACCCAGGUCGAGAGCGCCGAACCCAUCGCCGCCAAGGGCGGGUACUCCACGCACUUCUAUAAGGGGCGGGGUGCCAUGGAACAGCAGAAGUCCUACCGCGGGGUCUUCCUCAACAGUGCCAUCGGGAAGAUGCACAGCAGCUUUCUGCCUUCCAGAGUGAAAGUCCUGCUUCCCAACCUUCUGGAAGCGACGCAGUGCGGUGCAAGACCCAAGAUGGCUUCUGACUUCAUCACCCACACAUCCCUCGCUGUCAUUACUGAUUGCCAAAGAAGGGCCAGAUCGGGCGGCAUCACCUUCCUCGACCUCGUAGAGGCCUUCCACUCUGUCACCUGGGAAUUCUGCAUGGAGCCCCCCACCGCCCCCGACGAACUUGACGACCUCAUCGAGCAGAUAGACAUUCCAGCCUUUCUCAAGCCUUCCCUCAUCGACAGAUUGAAGCAGCCUGCCUACAACAACCAACGCAUCGACGAUCAGCACCUUUGCCGCAUCACAGCCGACCACCACACCUCCAACUGGAUGACCGCGAAGAGCGCUAGGCACUACCAGCAACCACGGACAAGCACACGACCCGGCGUUCCCUACUCCGACGUCGCCUACAACACCCACUUCGCCAUCAUGCUGAGGGCAAUCGACCACGCAGCCUCAGAUGCAGAUGAAGGCGACCAACCAUCAGGAGGCCGCGACAUACCCGCAGGGCAGACCCCGCUCUUCUCUGCGACACCUCACGAGGGCGGGGCACUCAGGAACGUGUCUUUCGUUGACGACCUCGCAAUCUACAACUCGGCAGACAGCGCUAGCGACUUACUACAUGUUACUCGGCUCUCAGCCACCAGACUGCACGCAGCAGCCUGCCAGGAUGGACUCAAGCCCCACCCCGACAAGACCACGGCUAUCCUCAUGCACUACGGCAGCGGGGCCAAGAAAGAGCGCCAGAAGAUCGCCAGGGAGAAGGUCACCCACACCGAGCUAGAGAACACCCCCAUCAAAGUCCAGCUCGUGACCCAGCAGAAAGCCCUCGGCACCAUCAUCAGCGCUGGAGGAGUCAUGCGCGACCACAUCGCGACCAAGUACAUGGGACCUUGCCGCGUGGCGGCAUCCAUGCCCAAUACAACCGCGCCCGACAAGCACUUCAUCAACAGCGAGGCGAUUGCGAAGACGGGCAUCCCCGGUCAGCUGGACAGCGACUUCAUCAAUUGGGCCAGGCAAAAGCCCAAGCUCUUCACCGACGCGGUCAAGGCGGCCACCAAGUCCUACCUGCACUACGCACGACGCCAGGCUCAGCUAGCCAGGUUCCAUAGAGCCAUACGAAUGCCCACGGCCACAUCGAGCACCGUCGAGACAGAGAACCCCGACCACGACUCCAAGACCCAGUACGCAUGCUACAUCUGCGGCCGCGCGGCAGCCAACUAG